AUGGCAUCAGCAAAAGGAGGAAAGCGCGAUCCGAUUCAAGCAGAAGACCUGGUAGACGGCCGCAAGCUCUUCGGCGGCUCGCGACCACGCCGUUCACUCAAGCAGACCACCGGUCUGAGAAUAGCGCGUGACGGCAUAAAUGCGAUCGCUCUGGCGUGCGGUUUCUUUAUCGCCGAGAUUUUAGACCUGGCGCGGCACGAAUGCGAGGCAGAGGGCAAGAAGAAGAUUACACCGAGGCAUAUCAACCUGGGAAUGAGCAGGGACGAGGAGAUGAGUGUUAUCAGUAGUAGCUGGUUGAUUAAAGGGGGUGGUGUGAAGCAUCCUGCCACUGCCGAGAUGCUGAGAGGAAAGGCAAAGCCUAGCCAGGAUCUUUAA